GGUUUCGGCGAUGGGCGGGUGGCUUGGCUCAUGUAAGCGCCCCUCACACGAGCCCGCCUAGUCGCACACCGCCCUGCCAUCGACCAUCCGCAAGACUUCAAGGUAAAUUGCUGCCCGAAUUCUGCUCUUUCGUCGCUGUCCAGGCAGGGGCUGACUUUGCCCGCAGACGACAAUGGUCAACCUUCGCUCUCAAAAGCGGCUCGCCGCAUCCGUCGCCGGCGUCGGUAAACGCAAAAUCUGGCUUGACCCCAACGACCAGUCUGAGAUCGGCAAUGCCAACUCCCGCACCCACGUCAAGAAGCUCAUCAAGGAUGGCUCCAUUAUCAUAAAGCCCACCACCGUCCACUCUCGUGCACGCACCCGCGAUUUGCUUGCUGCUAAGCGCAAGGGUCGUCACACCGGUCCCGGUAAGAGGAAGGGUACCGCUGAGGCGAGGAUGCCAACAAAGGUGGUCUGGAUGAGGAGACAGCGAGUCUUGCGUCGUUUGCUCAGGAAAUACCGGGAGGCGGGCAAGAUUGACAAGCACCUUUACCACUUGCUCUACCAGAAGUCGAAGGGUAACGUCUUCAAGAACAAGCGUGUGCUCAUGGAGUACAUUCACAAGGCCAAGGCCGAGAAGACCCGUACCAAGGUCCUCUCCGACCAGAUGGAGGCCCGUCGUGUCAAGAACAAGGUCAGUCCGUUCUAUUGUUCCAAUGCACCUCACACGUUUAACACAUUAACUUUGAAUCCCAGGCUGCUCGCGAGCGUCGGGCAGCGCGUGUUUUGGAGAAGAGACAGGCGAUCAUUGCUGUGGAGCACGAAGCAGCCCUCGAAUAAAUAUAUUGCUCAUUCCUUCCGCUUUAGUUUUGCCUUGUCGUCUUGCUCAUCCAUCCUCCGCCUACUACCAUUACGUCUGUAUGUUAUGCCAUGCCCAUCAAUCAUACGCCAGACCCCAUGCUCGCAUGUUUCUCAGUAUUUCUCGUCUCGUCGAUUUCUUUAAACUGUAAUUCAGUGUGCUUUACGGAUUUGGCAUAGGUUGACUUGUAACAGAUCUCAUCUCUGACGCCGACAUGAUACAUGUAGGGGAUUGCCUUGGAAAGCAGCUCCCAACUUGAAGAGAAAGCGACAUUGAAUAUCAGGAUAGUCUAUUUCUGUACAACUAUAACAAUACAUGGGCAAGGUCCAUACACAUCUUCUUGAUGUUCCUCUCUUUCGCAACCAGCUCCACCAUCUCUCUCGAAAUAACAAUAGUCUCCUCCAUCUCCUCGCCCUCAGCCUUCUGUCGCCUUACCAAUAAGCCGCAUUCAUUCAUAGCAAAGGCUACGUCUUCUACUCGAAGACCAGUUGCUCUGGCGAUGUCUGCCAAGGUACACCUGACAACGACGUGUGAGGUUGAGCUUCCAUCUGGGUUUGGUGUCGUCUCGAUCGUUCGCAUUGAGGUGAAUAUCGGAUCUAUUAACAACCAGAAAAAAAUCAAUAUCAUCAGUUAAUUAGGUGAAG